GAUUCCACUCUCUUGAUUGGUGUUGAGAUCGAACCGUCUCGAGCCCAGGGUCAGUACAUAGUGGAUCACUGACCCGACCCGACCAGACCCGAAUUAUUAAUGUCGGAAGUGAAGGAGAUAAGUGGGGGUUCUAUUGGUGGCGAAUCGUUGGGAGCAUCGCCGAAGGUUUUGACGGCCGGUGAUCGGAAAUUACUCAAGGUGGAGCUUCGACCUGGGGAUACGACGUAUGUUUCGUGGAAGAAGCUUAUGAGGGAUGCUAGUAAGGUCAAUGGUUCAUCGGCUUCGGUUCCCGAUCCGCCUCCUAAUGCUAACCCUAACCUCGAGUCUCGAAUUGCACCGGGGCAUCCAGCAGAGAUUGAAACGAAUGAACAACCUCAUUCUAACCAUUUCAACGCUGUUAUUGAGAAGAUAGAGAGGCUCUAUAAGGGAAACGAUAGCAGUGAUGGGGAAGAGUUAGACGGUGCUCCUGAUGAUGAUGAGUAUGACACUGAAGAUUCAUUUAUUGAUGAUGCUGAACUGGAUGAGUAUUUUGAAGUUGAUAAUUCAACAGUUAAACAUGAUGGAUUUUAUGUAUAUAGAGGCAAACUGGAGCGGAUGGAACCUUCAACAACAUCUGACCAGCAACCCAAAAAACGGCGACGAAAGGAUUCAACAAAACCCUGUGGUGAUGCAGUUGACGUAUCCGAUAAACACACCAAGUUGUCUAUAACAGCUAGGCGAAAGGAUCAAUCAACUGCUUCUGGGUCCUCUUUGAAGAGAAAGUAUAAUGUCGCAAGGAAAACACAGGAGUCACCUUUGCCUUUUGGAGCGCAAGCUGCGAAUACUUCAGUAUCUCUGGAUGAUGUGAAGCAUUCUGAUAGAGCAAAUCAUCAGUCUAGGAAUGAUACAAGUCACAAGUCAAGGGAAACUGGAUCCUCUAGUGCCCUUCAUCCGAAAUACAGCAACAAAAGCUUACAUCAACAAUCUAAGUCCCUGCCAGGAAAAUCUCCCGCCAAUGUUUUUGCAGAGGCAACAGUAGUCCGUCAGAAAGAAUACAAUGGUAUGCAUCAGCUGGCAAAUGCAACGGGAAGCAGACAAUCUAGUCAAGCGUCUAAAAAAGAUGGUUCUAAUGUGAAGUCUAAAACCUCGAUCCUUGAGAAAGCCAUAAAGGAAUUGGAGAAGGUGGUUGCGGAAUCAAGGCCUCCUGCUAUCACUGAAAAUCAAGAAGCUGAUACCUCAUCCCAGGCAGUGAAGAGGAGAUUGCCCAGGGAUGUUAAAUUGAAACUUGCUAAAGUUGCUAGGAUUGCGGCAAGCCAGGGAAAACAUUCAACAGAGUUAAUCAACCGUCUUAUGAGCAUUGUUGGUCACCUAAUCCAGCUUAGGUCACUUAAGAGGAACUUGAAAAUCAUGAUUGAUAUGGGAGAUUCUGCAACCCGAGAAAAGGAUACUAGGUUCCAGCAAAUCAACAAUGAAGUUCUUGAUAUGAUAAAAGCGAAAGUUUCUUUGAUGGAAUCACAGGCAAUCAAACCAGAAGGUGGAACAUCAGACGAUUUUCAGGACUCAGUAGAAAAGCCAUCUUUGAAGAAGUUUGUCAUGGAUGCAGCAUUGGAGGAUAAAUUGUGUGAUCUAUAUGACAUCUUUAUUGACGGAUUGGAUGAUGAAGAUCAAGGUCCACAAAAAAGAAAGCUAUAUGUCAAUCUGGCUGAACUCUGGCCAAAUAGAUUGAUGGAUAAUCAUGGGAUCAAACGUGCGAUUUGCCGGGCAAAGGAGAGACGAAAAGCAUUGAAUGGAAACCUUGCGAAAGACAUGGAUCAAACAAAGAUGGAGAAGAGUAGGAAGCAGUUGGUACCAAGAAUAGACUGGACUGCUCAGCCCAACACUGAAUUAGUGGUUCAGAGACAACACAGUGGAGAGAAGAAAAUGAUUGUUGAUCCAAAUGCAACCAGCACUUCCGUGGUCACCAGUCAAACUAUGGUUGAGAGAUCAAAUCAGCAGCAUGAGAAGCUAAAGGGAAGCUCAAGCUCUUGCAAACCUAUAGAGGAAACAAGAGUGGUGAAGGGAAAGACAGAGGCCGUAAUGGCAGAGAAACAAGUUGUUCUUGCCCUGAAGAAGCCCGAACAUCCACAGACACGUGUUAUCCCAGCUCCUCAGAAUCUGAACAUCCCACAAACAACUCCGGACCUGAACUUGCCAAGUUGACAUCACGAUUGACGGAGCUCUUAGAAACACAUAGAAACGCCGGAGACAAUAACCUCUGGCCUCUCCCUUGCAUUUUCAGGUGGCACGGCAUUAGUCCUGGCGAUGCCGAUGCAUGGUUUUAAGCUACGAAGCAUGGUUUAUAAAGUUGUCUGUAUUCU